UUUGUGGGCGGCACGUUCGGUCGGCUGUAGAUGAAAGUCGUAUGUAUGACGAAACCCUGCACGGAGAGCACAUAUUUGCAUCGCGAAAAGAAAUCGAAAUGAAUCAACGACGAGGAUCAUGGGUUUCUACCUUGUAGACGGAAUGAAAGGAACAGUACUUCUGAAAACUCCAAAUGUGAAUCCCCUACUCCAGAGAACGCCUGCCGUUCUCCCGCUGUGUUAAUAAUCUAUUUGAGAUAGCGAUUUCACAAACGACCGUGGCGCUGGCUACGCGACCGCUUUCCAGUGUCCGAAAGAACAGUUAAACCAGUUCAUUCCGUCCCUUGAGGUAAACGGUAACCCACUGUGGACAAUCGGUGACAUGGGGAGUGCAGUGCUCAGCUUCGUUGUCCUGGCGUUGACUGGGUCCUUUUCUUCGGCGGAUGUUUUUCGACCGUCAUGGCCUACCAACAAGACACUGAUAAAGACGCGAGCAGUAGCCUCCUCCGCAUCCGCGUCAUGCGUUUGCGUGCCAUAUUAUCUCUGCAAUUCGGAAAAUAUCGUCAUCACUAAUGGGGAGGGUGAAAUUGACAUCCGGCAUGCACGAAGUAGGUCUGAGAAGGUGAUUACGAUGUGUGAAGACUACUUGGAAGUCUGCUGCAUGCUUCCUAAGCAGCCGAACGAGACCAGCACGUGUGGACUUCGUAAGUCUCACAGUCUUGAACCGUUCGUACCUCGACUGGACCAGGAAGAAGUUCAAUCCGGAGAAUUCCCAUGGAUGGUAACCAUAUUUCGAGCGAAAAAAGUCGAGCGGAACAACAAGACCAAGGAGGUCAAGGUGUACCAGUGCCAAGGAACGCUCAUUCAUGACAGCGCAGUACUGACCGCGGCCCAAUGCGUCUACGACACAGAAAACGCGUCCGAGCCUCUUUGGAUCCGAGUCGGACAAACGGACACCAUGCUGACUCCGGAGGAGGAUCCGUACCAGGAGCGUGAGGUGCGCAAUACCGUUCUCCACAAGAACUACAACCCGCACAAACUUUUCAAAAACAUUGCCCUGUUGUUUUUGAAGACCCCGGUGACCAUCAACCGGCGGGUCAACAUCGCCUGCUUGGCGGAUCGCACCGACAACAUUGACGAGAAGAAUUGCUUGGUGAUCGGAUGGGAUAAAUUUUUGGCUCCAGAGGACGUCCACUUCCAACGUAGUCAGACCAACAUGCUGAGGAAACGAGUCGAACCCUACGUCGAAUCAUCGACUUGCAUCACAGCUUUGCGUAAAACUCCGCUUGGCAAAAGGUUCAGACUUGACAAUAGUUCGGUUUGCGCCGGUGGUCGAUCUGCGAGAAAGAAUUUCUGUUCGCGUGAAAUUGGCGCACCGUUGGCUUGUCCUUUAAAGAGCGAUCCUAAUCGGUUCGUUCAGUUGGGUAUCGGCUCGUGGUGCAUCAGCUCCGGCAACUUCCAGACGCCCAACAUUUUUGCAAGUAUUUAUGAACUGCGGAGGUGGAUCGACGGCGAAAUGAAGAAAGCAAAUCUUGGCACUUGGGGAUACAAAGCGCCUGAACUUUGAAGAAUCUCUGAUCUCCUCAACGGAAUCGCAUCGUUAGAUUUUAUAUUACUUGCUAAAUUAAUUUUCAACCAUUUAAGUCAAGACUCUCCUGUCAUACGAUCAUUAAUCUAAAUAUAAAUCACGUUCGAUUUUAGUACGCCCAGAGCGUAAAAACGCGUUUAGAAAAAAAAAAACAUUAUUUUUCUUACCUCUCAGAGUCGCUUCCACGAGCGUCUGAAUACAGACAACCGGACAUUCGGUUUUGUAAAGUAGGAAUAAUUCGAAUAAUCGUUUUUAUGAUUGUUAACUUGAGCUUUUGUUUUGAUUGACUAGGCUCAUGACUCUUCUAUACACGAUCUCGUACGAAAAGUAGUGAGUUCAAGUGUUAUUUAAAUUGUUUUUUUCAAUUGCUAAUCGGUCAAAGGGGUUGACCUCGCAAGUAUAUAUUUCAGACACAAAAAGACCGUGAAGCAAUAUCGGUGUAAGGUCACCUGAAACGCUAUUCCACUGUCUCCAGCACGGCCAUAUACAGUAAUUCCAGAAAAUUGUUAAAUAUCAUUAAUUUAUACAAGAUUAAGUCACGGCGUUCAUCCGCUCGAUGAUGUACAAAACAGCGGCAAAUAGUCAAUAUUAUAAGUCAAAUAGUAGGCAAA